AUGAAGAAGAGGGCUGAUGCUGAGUAUGAUUUCUUGGAUUUCUGGGAAGCGAAUCAAAAUUUCUUUGCUAUGAAGCAAGGAACAACCAAAAACUUGAUGCAUUUCAAGGAACGAUUCUUGAGACAGGCUGAAGUCCUGCAAGAUCUAUAUGGCAUGGCCUGGUUCCGAGAUUUUGCAGUCAAGACGAAAGCGUAUACUGCUAUUGCUAGCACCAAUACUGCUGCUCAAAACAAGUUCAAGGAUGAUAUCUUUGAAGCCGUUCUUGCAACAGGAUUUCUAUGCAACUGCAAUCGAACGAGAACAGCUCCUCUGAUGCUGGAUCUUCAGACAAUCUAUUGCAGAGAAGUGGAUUACUAUCCAAAGACGGUCAGCAAAGCACAAGAUAUGUUGAAGAUUCACAUGAAAGUGAGUAAAAAUCCGGGAGUGAACCUCUACCAAGGAAAAGACCAACCUAAUAAAGGUAAAGGUGCUAUCAAGGGAAAGGAUGAGAAUGGCUAUAAUGUCUAUCUUAUUCCAUGUCCUGCUGGUACAACAAAUGUCGAACUUCAAGCACUCCAAGACAAGUCAAGGCUGCGAUGGAAGCGAGAAGUGCAAUGGACAUACUCAAUGCUCCAAGCACCAAAAGUCUGA